CCUUCCCGCCAGAGCAUGCGAGGCUAUAUAGGCGCCGGCGGGCGGCCAGCGCGCGCCAGUGUUACCAAUACAAUGAUGAUGAAGACUUUGAUAGUGUUGGCGGCGACAGUCCUCGCUGUGGAUGCCCUUGUCGCUUGCCCAGGAGGAUACGAACCCGUCGGGAAUGGUUGUUACCUCUUCCCAAACUCUAUGUUGACCUGGGAUGAGUCGUUGUCGUACUGCCAGUCUACCAGUCCCGCUGGCGCCACAGCCGGCCUGGCUCACCUCGACGACUGCAGCACUCUGGGAGCCGUCUGGAAUUACAUAGUGGAUAAUAAAGAUCCAGAUGUGGACUACUGGCUGGGUGGACGGAACACUUUCUCAGAUGGCGCUUUCCGUUGGUAUGCAACUGGCGACACUAUCCCCAAGGAGGUCCCAUUCUGGUACCCCGGUCAGCCCGACGGUGGGGUGGCCGAGGCUUGUCUCUCUCUCUCUAAAACGGGCUUCUUAGCUGACGAGGCUUGCGGGUUGCCGCAGAGGCCAGUAUGUCAGCUGCUGUAGACGUUUUGACGGUCUGUCUGUAUAUCUCUGACUUUCCUUAUCAUUCUUCAAGGUGGGCUGCUUCGCUGGCGAGAAUGAUGGCCCCGAGACAGAAGUUGAGCUGUCGCCUAGUCUCGUCGGUGUCUUGUUCUACAUCCACACUUCUGUUUGUAAUGUUUUAUACACUUUUUUAAACUCUCGCCAUCAUAUAUUUCUCUCUCUCUCUCUCUCUCUCUCUCUCUCUCUCUCUCUCUCUCUCUCUCUCUCUCUCUCUCUCUCUCUCUCUCUCUCUCUCUCUCUCUCUCUCUCUCAGUUGGAAGUUAGGUUGAGAAGGGGUGACGGAGGUUGACCUAACCACUGUAUUACAUAAAUAAAUUAUCAACUAUU